AUGCAUUCGAUGGGUCUACUUCACAUGGACGUCAAGCCUUCGAACAUCUUCAUCUCCACUGAUGGUACUUCAUGUAAGUUAGGCGAUUUUGGCUUAGCAUUCAACUUGAACGAGGAUUCGAUGGAUUCUGCUGAGGAAGGUGACAAAUACUACAUGGCGCCGGAAAUUCUCAACAACCCCCCGACAACUGCGGCAGACGUGUACAGCUUAGGAGUGACACUACUAGAACUAGCAACAAACGUUGACCUGGAGAAGGACAAGGAGCGUAUAAGGAAUUGCGAUAUCCCAACUCAUUGGUUUGGAGGACUCGACAGGAAUUUGGUGGAUAUUAUCAAAUCGAUGCUGGAACCGAACCCUUUGAAACGUCCCACAACCGCUGUGCUUCUCGAGACUCUACGACUACUUCACUGCCAAUCACACGCUGUUAUUUUUAAGAGCAUGGAGAUCAAACCUGUGAUCCAUCACUACGGAACUGAGGACAAGGAUUGGGAUAUUGACUCGGAAGAAGAGGAUAAUUCGACAUGUCGUCUCGGUAUGACCACAAUCAAGAAUGUUAGACUUCGUCUGAACUUUGAUGAUACUGAAGACGUGGAGGAUGCAAAAGUAACCAAAAUAGCGACUCCACAUCCGCUGAGAAUCUUCUGCCGUCGACUGAUCGUCGAAGACUCCGAAGAACAGGACAUGAGACCGAUGAAAAGAAGGCGUCUGUUCGACUAG